GGGCUGCGGGAGAGGAGGGCAGAACAGCAGGGAGCCACGACGCCGAUCGACCGACCGACUUGACUUCAACUGCACUCGGAUCCCAACCACGCCCCGCGAGGGCAGGACAGGGCAGCAUCCACACGGGGAGGUGUAGCCCGGCCGGCAGGUGUCCCAGCUUCCGCAAUGGAAGCAGCAAAGAGCCGCUGAAGGAGAGGAGGGAGCCAUGAAGUUCGGGAAGAGCAUCUGCGUGCUGAACGUCGGGGGCACCCGCUACGCCUUCACCCGCGACGUGAUCCGGGAUUUCCCCCUGAGGCGCGUCAGCCGCCUCCACGCGUGCGCCACCGAGAAGGAGGUGCUGGAGCUGUGCGACGACUACGACCGCGAGCGCAACGAGUUUUUCUUCGACCGCCACGCGCAGGCUUUCGUCUUCAUCAUGCUCUACGUGCGCUCCGGGAAACUGCGCUUCGUCCCCGGCGUGUGCGAGCUGUCCUUCUACACCGAGAUGCUCUACUGGGGGCUGGAGAGCGCGCACUUGGACUCCUGCUGCCAGAAGCGCCUGGACGAGCGGCUGUCCGAUGUCGGGCUGUCCGACGGCGGGCUCUCUCAGCAGGAGGACGCAAAGGAGGGGGCGACCCAGAGCCCGGUGGGAGAACCGGUGGCGGUGAUGGAGCUCACCCGGCGCGCCAAGUGGCUGGAGAGGGCGCGCAGGGCGUUCGAGGAGCCCAACUCGUCCCUCGGGGCGCAGCUGCUGGCCAUCGUAUCCGUCGUCUUUGUCAUCGUGUCCAUGGUAAUGCUGUGCGCCAGUACACUGCCUGAUUGGGACACUGCCAAGAGGAACACCGUGGAGGAGCACAGGAUCGUGGAGGCCGUCUGCAUCGGCUGGUUCACGGCCGAGUGCAUCCUGCGCUUCCUUGUGGCGCGGGACAAGUGGGACUUCCUCCGCCGGCCGCUCAACAUCAUCGACGUGGUGGCCAUUACGCCUUAUUAUGUCACCAUGGCGAUGGCCCGGGCAGGGAUGCCCGGCGCCGGGCUCGGGGUGGCGGGCGUGUUCCUGCGUGUGCUGCGCAUGAUGCGAGUGUUCUGGCUCAUGAAGCUGGCCCGCCACUUCCUGGGCCUGCAGACGCUGGGGCUGACGCUGCGCCGCUGCUACCGGGAGAUGGUGAUGCUGAUGGUGUUUGUCUGCGUCGCCAUGGCGAUUUACAGUGCCCUGGCACAGCUACUGGAACACGGCUUGGAUUUGGGCGUACGCAACCAGGACUACGCGAGCAUCCCCGCCGCCGCCUGGUGGGUCAUCAUCUCCAUGACGACAGUGGGGUACGGGGACGUUUACCCCAUCACCAUCGGGGGACGGGUCCUCGGGGGGAUGUGCGUGGUGAGCGGCAUUGUCCUCCUGGCGCUGCCCAUCACGUUCAUCUACCACAGUUUUGUGCAGUGCUACCACGAACUCAGACUACGCUCGGCCAGGUAUGCUCGUAGCCUUUCGGUGGAAAUACUACAGUGAACAUUUUCCGGAUGCCAUGCACAAUAGAAAUCAACCGAAUGAAAGUUCACGGCAUGCCCAGUUCCUCACGGGUAGAUGCGCGUUUACAAAUUACGCGUCCUGUAAUUAAUCACUGUAAAGAACACAACUUGUAGUUUGGGGCCUAAAACAGUCAAUGAAGUUGGAGGAAUAUUAAAUUUAUGGCAAACAUGUUAGUUAGUGGAACAAAGCAAGCAAGCUCUUUUUACUUUUAUCCGUAAAUUGGGGUUUAAAAAAAGGGAGAACCAUUCUGCAGGAAAAACCCAUCUUCCUAACAGGAAAGCUUAAAAUAUUUUGUUGACUUUCACAACUUUAAAUGUCAUCAAAGUUUGUUUCCUUCAAAUUUUGAGUUCACCCAGCAUUUUUUUUUUACAGUGAUGGCAUCGCUCCUCGCUCUACUUGUGGACCGUGAGCACCCUUUGCACAAUAGAAAUAAAAAGAAAGACUAGAAGUAAUCCACAAACCAUGGCAUGAUUGGUCAUGUUAUGUGUAGAUUUCACAUUUUUCUUUUGAGAUGCCUAAAGGUAUAAAACAACAAAAACAAGACAGAGAAAGAGCUUUUGAUGGCAAUCUGAUAACUUAUCUAGACUCAACAACAAAAAAACGCGCCGCUCAAGUUUCUGGUGCCUAAACUCGUCCGACUUCUAGCGUUUUGGAAUUUCUAACCCUUCAUUCUUGACGUGACAAGCUGAGAUUCACCUCCUAAUAUUUAUCUUUGACUCAAAAGCUGUACUGAUCUCAAAUCCAAAGCAAUGCGACGUCACCUUCCACGGGCAGCUGGUAUCCAUCGUGGUUUAUCAACCUAAAUUUCACAUGCAGGUUGGGCGGGACCUGCCACCAUGCCUACGCGCUGAAAAACGUGCUUGACACACAUAUUAUGGCAAUAGUCACAAUAACCCCCCCUCUUGCACGAUAAAUAUCAACCCAGUGCCUACAGUUUCUGAAGAAGGGAAAAUCUAGGUAAAGUCUUGUUUUCCAAUGGCCUCUUAGAGCGCGAGCGCGCCCCCUUGAAGCCUACAAAUCAUUAUUUAUUAAAGACCAGACAAAUCCGUUAGUCCCUGCGGAUGGUUGUUUACACUGCAUUGCCAUGGUUACAACAUGUACGGCGUGCUGCGUGUGUGUGUGUGUGUGUGUGUGUGUGUGUGUGCGCGCGCGCGCACGCGCUGUGGCCUUCAGCCAUUCAGUUUGUCAGGGGCUGUGUAUAAGGCUGACCUAGAUGCAUCUAGCAUGUAUAGAGGCGAGGAUGAAGGGCGGACACACACACACACACACACACACACACACACAACCCCCACACACACACACACACACACAGACACACACACACACACACACACACACACUCACACACACACACACACACACACAGGAUAUAAUGAAAUAUGGAGACGAAAAUUGCCAAAUGUAAAGAAUAAAAAGGGACGAAGCAGAUGAAAAACAUGUGAUGUGAAGCUAAUAACAAAAACAAUAGAUAUAGUGUGUGUGUGUGUGUGUGUGUGUGUGUGUGUGUGUGUGUGUGUGUGUGUGUGUGUGAGGAGG